AUACAUAAACCAAACAUGCCGAUAUUGUAGCCGUAGGUCGCCAAGACGCCAAACUUCCAAUUGCACGCAUUAAUGUCAGCUAACGAAACUCGUAUCAUUCCCGGGGGCCGGGCCAGAAGCCAGCCGGCGAAAGAUGCCGAGCAAUCGCACUCGCCACCGGGCUCUUGUUCCGCCCAACCUGCCCCGGUACAUCCCAUACUCCCGCGCGCUGCAGCAGCGCCUCUUCCUCGUCGCGCAGCACCUCAGCCGCUCCUCAUCCCCCUCUGCCAUCCGCCGCGGCCUCGACCAACUCCACGCACAGCUCCUCCUCAACGGCUUCACCCAUAAGCGCUUCCUCCUCGCCAAGCUCCUCUCCCUCACCGUCGCUGCCGCCGACCUCCCCCGCGCAGAGUCACUCUUCAUCCUCUCUGUGCCCCCUUCCCCAGCGUCCCCCACCCUCGCCAACCUCCUCCUUCGCACCGCCGCCACGUCAGGCUCCACGCCCAGCGCCCUGCUCGCGUUUCUAUCCCGCCUCGUGGGCUGCCACGGGCUGCGCCCCAACGCAUUCACCUUCUCAACCCUCCUCGCCGCAUUCGCCCCCGCGGGCGUUGGGGCGCUCCCCCAUGGCCGCGCCCUCCACGCGCUCGCGCUUGCGAGCGGAGUACUCGCCCAGACAGGCGAUAGUGGGCACGUGAUGACCAGCCUUGUUAGUGUGUACGCGUCGGCCCAGCAGCUCGGGGACGCCCGUAAGGCGUUCGACGAAAUGUCAACCAGGGCGGUGGCCGCGUGGAACUGCAUGCUCGCCGCGUACGUGCGAUGCCGUGAGGUGGACGCCGCACUGCGGUUCUUUAGCGAGAUGCCCAAUAGCAGGAGGGACGUGGUGUCGUGGACGACGAUGAUCGGUGGGUGCGCGAAUGCUGGUAGGCCAGCAGAGGCGGUGGAGCUGUUCUGGAGGAUGAGAAAGGCGAGGGUUAAGGAUGACGCAGUGACUAUGGUUGCCCUGCUAUAAAAGCCUGUGCGGAGCUGGGUGACCUAGAACUUGGGCGGUGGGUGCAUGCACGAGUGGACUUGGAAGGGUGGCAGCGGAGGACUGUGUUGCUGGACAAUGCUCUCAUCCAUAUGUAUGUGAAGUGUGGUGCUGUGGAAGAUGCACAUCGCUUGUUUGGGAUGAUGCCAAGGCGGAGCUCCGUUUCUUGGACUACUAUGAUCUCGGGUCUUGCAAUGCAUGGUCACCCCCAGGAGGCGCUGGACUUGUUCCAGAGAAUGCAGGAUCGGCCUGAUGGUGCCACGCUGCUGGCAGUUCUGCGGGCAUGCAGUCUGGCAGGGAGGAUUGAUGAUGCACGGUGGUACUUUGAAAGUAUGGAAAGAGUUUACGGGAUAAAUCCAGAGAUACAACACUAUGGAUGCAUGGUUGACAUGCUCUGUUGCUGGAGACGGUUGAAUGAAGCACUUGAGCUUGUGGAGAAAAUGCCAUUCCAGCCAAACGAGGGUGCGUGGGGUGCAAUCCUGAGUGGAUGUAGAAGGGAGGGCAACCUUGAGCUUGCAGCUAAAGUGACUAAUAGAUUAGUUGAACUGCAGCCAGCGCGAGCAGCCGGGCACCUAGUGCUGCUGUCCAACAUGUAUGCUUGCGUAGGACAGUGGGAGCAGGCUCAGAUGGUGAGGGAAAGAGUGGCUGCACUGAAUGCUGAGAAACCUGCUGGCAGAAGCUGGGUGAAUCAGAAUGAGUCCAGCAUGGUGGUAGCACAUGCUCAACUGGUUGAUUCGUGACUCAAAAGCAAAAGGCUUUCACAAGACUAUGUAUAGUGUAUAUUGCCAAACUUAAGAGUAGAACUGCAAUUAUUUGUUGUCAGGUGUUAAGCCUUGACAUUUUCCUCAGAGCACUGGCAUAGAUGCAAUUGGAUCAGUCUUCAACAAAUCUUCACCACCUUCAGAUUGCCUGUUAUACUGAUGCCCUCUUGUUCCUUCGCAGGUUAACAACACGUAUCCGUUGUUUUUCAUUCUUCUGUAGAACUUACAGGGUAGAAUUGGUAGAAACAGUUAUACUCCCAAUGUCCCAAUUUAUAAUUUGUUUGACUGGCUCGUCUUAUUUAAUUUUUUGCAUAAAAAUGAAAAA